UCCGAUAACAAGGAUCAGGAAAUAGUGCGUCUGCUGAUGUGGCUUAAAAAACAACAACAACAAAUUUGCGAUUUGCAACAAAUACCGGUUUGUUAAUGAUUUAUUGAGUGAUGGAAACUGCAUAAAUUCAUCAAAUCAGAGUGAGGAGUUGAUAUCCCUAUGUGCAAAAAAUGAAGGAUGCUACCCAGGAAGCUGAUCUAUGUGUACUUUGUUGGUGUAGUGUUUGCUAUAGGAUGGAUAUAUUAUAAUUUUGGUAGUGGAUGUCAAGAAAGUGGCGAUGACUUUGAGUUGGAAAAAAAGAAGGUGCAAAUCUUACAGCAGAAACAUGAAUCACAGAAAAGUGAAAUUGAAGUGCUGAAACGACGAGUUGAUGAAUAUAAAUCAGAACUCAGGAAAGCUGAGAUAAGACUGUCUCAUUUAAAAAAUGAAAAUUCAGGUCUUCCAAAAAUUUUCCUCAUUACUCCUACUCAUAUGCGGCCGCAGCAAAAGGCAGAGCUUACGAGGCUGUCAUACACUCUGCGACUUGUGCCAAAUGUGCAUUGGAUAGUUAUUGAAGAUGCUGCAGCCAAGACUGUACUUGUGAGCAAAUUUUUGACCAAUUGUAAAGUUCCUUACACACAUUUGAAUAUAGCCACCCCAGGAAAGUUAAAAUUAAAGGAAAGUGAUCCAAACUGGUUGAAACCUCGAGGGGUACACCAAAGGAAUGCAGGGCUGGACUGGAUCAGGAAACAGCCAUUCACCUCGGGUGUUGUGUACUUUGCUGAUGAUGAUAAUACUUAUGAUAUACAGUUAUUUGAAGAGAUGAGAUUCACAGAAAAGGUUUCAGUUUGGCCUGUGGGUCUGGUAGGAUACCUGUGGUAUGAAUCACCAGUUGUUAAACAGGGAAAGGUUAUAGGUUGGUAUACAUUCUGGAAACCAGAGAGGCAUUUUGCUAUGGACAUGGCUGGCUUUGCAGUUAACCUGAGAUUAUUCAAAGACUACCCAACAGCAAAGUUCCAUGAUAGUGCUGGUAGAGGUAACCUAGAGUCGGACCUACUCACACAGUUAAAUGUCCAGCUGACAGAUCUCGAGCCCAAGGCAGAAAAAUGUACUAAGGUGCUUGUUUGGCAUACAAGAACAGAAAAGCCGUCGUUGAAAAAUGAAGAAAAAAUGAUGAUGAAAAAUGGCUUUAAUUCUGAGAACGUCUUAGAAGUUUAACUGUAAUUAAAUAAUGUCCAAGUAUAUCUUGGAAGUUAAAUUGUAAAUUACUGGUAUCACCUAGUCUUCACAAACCUUGUGACAGUGUGUGAAAAUGGUUCAAAACCACAACAGCUUUGUACAGCAUUAAAUUAGUAGUGAAUUUGAUACUGCAUGUAAUUCUCUGAAAACAGCCGAAUAUUUUUUAAUAUCUUUCGUUGAAUAUUAAAUAAGAUAUACGUAAAUAAUUUCAAAUGCCAAUUUCUUUUUGUAGAUUUUAGAGUAGUAACAAUGAUGCUAUGAUUUUGAUGAUGAAAUAUCUUAGUUAAUGGCAACAUGGAUAAUGACGUACAUGUUUUACCAGUAUACAACAUGUGCCAUCAACAUUUAAUAAGGUCUGACUGCAGUAUUCUUUUGCCUGCUGAAUAUCAGCAUGUUCACAUUGAAAUCCUUUAAUCAUACUAUAGACAGCUUCAAAUUUACUACUGGACUAGUCCAUUAUACAAAUGAAGGGGGAUGAAAGUUAAUUGAAAUGCAGCAGUAAAUGCUACACAAGUAAGUAAUGAGGUUGGUAGAAAGGGAAUUUUAUCAGUAUAUUACAUGUAAAUAUAAGGUCAAUCAGGGAGCAUUAUUUAUGUCAACUUGAUUGUGGCUUAUUGAAACCCUCCUAGAACUUACAAGUACUUGCAUGAUAAGAAAAAAUAAACUAAGCCCUUUUCUGACUGAGAAGGGCUAGAUAUCUAGAAUCCCUGGAUAUCUAGAACCCCUGGAUAUCUGGAAUUCCUGCAUAUAUUAAAUCCCUGAAUAUUUAGAAUUUCUGGAUAUCUAGAACCCCUGGAUAUCUAGAACCCAGACUUUUUAAUCACGAAAAUGAUGUACAAAGACAUCUUAGUGGGAGUAACAUUCCCUCCCCUAGCAUUUUUAACAUGAUUUGUAUGUAACUCCAAAGCAUAAUUAUUUAUCUUUCAUUCAAUUAAGUUGUGGAUUUGACUCAAUACAGAAUUAGAGCAGUAUCUCUAGAUGCUUGCAGAAAUCAUGAUCACAAAAUAGACAAAUAUCGUUUUUUUUUCGCCGAUUAUUACAUUUUUCAUUCACUAUCAUACAUAAAGCAGUGUAAAAAGAUGAAUUAGACCUUUUAAAGUUCAUUUCGUAAGGUAAAAGGCGUGAUUUUAGCAUUAAACAUUCAAGAGUCUUGUCCGGUAUGUACCGGAAUACGGUAUUAAGUGUGGUGCUCCAAUCCUUUUUUUUAGUCUCACUCUUAUGUUAUUACAAAGAUAUUUAGUCUACAACACAUACAGGUACAUGUAUUCUGUUAUUAAAUCUAAUCAAGUAUUGUUGUAAAGGAACUUAUCAUUGUCAAAAAAAAAUAUAUUUAUGGAGUAGAUAAAGGGAUAUAUUCCAUGUUCAAAUCAAAAUGAUAAACAUCAUAUUUUUUAUGAGCUAUUUAAAGGUUGGAUGAUGCAUUUGGAUGAAAAUAAAUCAGUGUGAAUUUAUUUGAUAACUCAAACAUUAUGCAUAUUUUGAUAAUUUCUUAAUAGGAAUAUAUUCAUAAAAUUAUAAAACUGAGAGAUAUGUUUUAUUCUGGUAGCUUAUUAGGAGUCAUAUACAUGUAGUUCUAUAUUUACAAGUCUUAUCUUGUUUUUAUGAUACACAAUUUGUAGCUCAUUCUCCUGUUAUUAAGGGACCACUGUUCUGUUAUAUAAUAUGUAAUAUAUUUUUUUUUUUUUAUUUGUGAUGACAGAUAAAAGGUUGUACUUGCCAUUUUUAAUGUGGAUAGUGGCUUUUUAAAGUUGAUUAUUGUUAUAUAAUGUGACAGAAAAAGGUAAUGUGUCUUCGUGAAUACAUGUAUUACUUUGUUAUACAUUGUAUAUUUAAGAAAUAAUAUAUCCCAAACAGUGAUUUUAUCGCUCAAUAAAAUCACUGUUUGGAGUUCAGAUGCAAGGAAUUAUAUCACGAGGGUGUAUCCUAAGUGAUGUAAUGAUGCGCAUCCAAAUGACAAACAGUGAUUUUGUCAAGCGAUAAAAUCACUGAUUUGGAUAUAUUAUUUCAAUUCGAACACGAAAUCAAGAAGAAAACGCUGCUGUACCUGAUAUUAAGCUAAAUUGCGUCUUAUUUGUUUCCGUACUUAUUUUCAGGGCGUCACAUUUUUAGUGGUUACGUCACAUGUAUUAUGAUUAUGUCACAUGUCUAAAUAUAGAACCUCAAACAAUGAUUUUAUUGCAUAAUAACACACUCUUUCGGUUCCUUUAAGUUCAAUAGGGAAAAAAUGCAGGUCGUGUAAGAAUUUACAAUAAUAUGUUUUGAUAAACACUCAGCUUAUGUUUUUUUCUGGUGCUUGACAAUUCAUAGUUUGCAAAAAUAUUUCAUCUUUGUAAUGUAUUUGUAUCUCACAGCAUGCCUUAAUGUUUUAAAGCAGUCACAUCCUUUCAUGGUGUUAGAAAUACACAUUUUUUGUCAGCGAUACAUAAACUGCGUAAAAUUGAAAUAUUGCUAAGUUCAGGGCUUUCAGGUUUUCUGACAUUUUGAACUUGCACCCACACAUUCUGGCAAUAAACUUUCACAAGAGCCAAGAGGUCAGUUGUGAUCUUUAACUUAAAACAGCAAUUUUUUUUUGUACCUCACAACAGCAUGUGUCAGGUGUCAUAUGGCAGCUGUGAAAAGUUGCCCUGAACUCCAUUACAAUGUUGUUUAAUUUUUCUGGUCCUUAAGGAACAUUGAUUUAAGCACAUUAAGUGUUGAAAAUUGAGUACUGCUCAAGUGAGUGAGUGAGAGAUGUUUCACUUUUCCAUUAUCUUUCAUGUACAGACUCAGUGAGUCUGGACUUUUCAUGUAAUUUUGUUGUUAUUAAUUCUUCCGAGGCAUAAUGAUCAACCUUUUUUCCAGAUUUUUGUGUCGCCUGCUACAGUAGCAACAAUUUAUAGGGAUCACUACUCUCGUUGGCUUUUCACACAGGUUUUCUGCUUGAAUGAGUUUUGGUUCUGAGUUAUGGCCCUUAAAUAAAAAAAGCAUUUUGACCUGUUAGUGAUUUUUGUGUCUCCUGCUAUAUGGUAGCUGCAUCAUGUAAUUGGCUCAUGUGCAUUGUAUUCUAAAUUUGAGUGAUUUACCUCAUUUUCAAAAUUCACAUAUAAUUUUGUUGUGCAAAUCUAAAACAGUUCAUUAUCAGUAGAUUGAACAAUACAAGUCUUGCCUCAAAAAUGAUUUAUUUUUAUUAAAUAUCACAGAAUUGUAUUUUUUUUGUACUUCUAACUAUUGCCAUUAUGUUUUUAUAACUGAUUUUAAGUCUUCAUACUUUGUUACAUUUUAUUAAACAAUUGAAAAUCAGUCACAUUUUCUAAAGCUCUUUUGGUUAUAUUUAGACAAAGGAUUAUGACAAUUAUAGGUAAUUGGAGAGGUGUUUUGAAUGUUGAAAGGUGUGUAAUUGAAUAAUCAGCAGAAGGAAACCAAAUGUCGUUCGUUUAGUUACGUUUAGUUACAAUUGCUUCCAUUUGUUUGAAAGGGAUAUGUGCUAAUACACUUUUUGUACAGUAUAUGUAAACAAUAUUGUUAUUUAAUGAUUGUUAUAAUUGAUUGAAUAAAAUAAUGUGAAAAUAUUA